CUCAGAAGUUGAGCAAACUCUUCCUCCUUUCCAGCCCGGUAUCCCAAUUUUUUUUCGGAAUUUGGAACCUACCCGUCCCUGACCCCGAAGCUCAGAGGAGAAGGGGGUCCAGUCCGCGGCCCAGAGGGGAAGAGCAGAUUUCUAAGAGACCAGAACUGAUUUGUAAGCCUGCCUGCCUGUUGCUCUGCUCUUCUACAUUGUCUCUACAGUCACCAGGUUUCAAGAUGCUGCGACUCCUUAGGACCAAACUGGGCAGGCUGGUGGUCAGCCUUUCCAAAGGAUUUCACCACAAAGCUGUGAUGGCCCUCCGGCGGGAGGAUGUGAACGCCUGGGAGAGAAGGGCGCCCCUAGCUCCCAGGCACAUCAAAGGCAUCACUAAUCUGGGAUAUAAGGUCUUAAUACAGCCUUCAAAUCGGAGGGCCAUUCAUGAUAAGGAAUAUGUCAAAGCUGGUGGCAUUCUUCAGGAGGAUAUAUCUGAAGCUUGUCUAAUUUUGGGAGUUAAGAGAGCCCCAGAGGAAAAAUUAAUGUCCAAGAAGACUUAUGCAUUUUUUUCCCACACAAUAAAAGCUCAAGAGGCCAAUAUGGGCUUGUUGGAUGAGAUUCUAAAACAGGAAAUCCGACUUAUUGAUUAUGAGAAGAUGGUGGAUCAUAGAGGAAUACGGGUAGUAGCAUUUGGACAGUGGGCAGGUGUGGCAGGGAUGAUCAACAUUUUACAUGGAAUGGGUUUAAGGCUCCUUGCUCUAGGACAUCACACACCUUUUAUGCACAUUGGUAUGGCCCAUAACUACAGGAAUAGCAGUCAGGCUGUGCAAGCUGUCCGUGAUGCUGGCUAUGAAAUAUCUCUGGGUUUGAUGCCGAAGUCGAUAGGGCCUUUAACAUUUGUGUUCACAGGGACUGGGAACGUAUCCAAGGGAGCCCAAGAAAUCUUCAGCGAAUUACCUUGUGAAUAUGUGGAGCCUCAUGAAUUAAAAGAAGUUUCCCAAUCUGGAGACCUCAGAAAAGUGUAUGGGACGGUGUUAAGUCGCCAUCAUCAUCUUGUCAGGAAAACAGAUGGUGUAUAUGAUCCUGUGGAGUAUGACAAAUAUCCUGAGCGCUACAUAAGUCGUUUUAAUACUGAUAUUGCACCUUAUACAACUUGUUUAAUUAAUGGAAUUUACUGGGAACAAAACAGCCCUCGCCUGCUAACCCGACAAGAUGCUCAGAGUCUCCUGGUUCCAGUCAAGUCCUCAGUUGCUGGGGUUGAAGGCUGCCCUGCAUUGCCUCACAAACUUGUGGCCAUAUGUGACAUUUCAGCUGACACGGGAGGAUCUAUAGAGUUUAUGACUGAGUGUACAACUAUAGAACGUCCCUUUUGCAUGUAUGAUGCAGAUCAGCAUAUUAUUCAUGACAGUGUUGAAGGCUCUGGGAUUCUGAUGUGUUCCAUUGAUAAUUUGCCGGCACAGCUUCCAAUUGAAGCUACGGAAUACUUUGGAGACAUGCUUUACCCUUAUGUUGAAGAAAUGUUAUUAUCGGAUGCGACACAGCCUCUUGAAAGUCAGAAUUUUUCUCCUGUGGUGCGAGAUGCAGUGAUCACAUCCAACGGUGCGUUAUCUGAUAAGUAUAAAUAUAUUCAGAAACUCCGGGAGAGCAGGGAACUUGCUCAGUCACUUUCAAUGGACACCAAAAAAAAGGUCUUGGUUCUUGGAUCUGGCUAUGUAUCUGAGCCAGUAUUGGAAUAUUUGUCGAGAGAUGGCAAUAUAGAAAUAACAGUAGGUUCUGACAUGAAGAACCAAAUUGAACAUUUAGGCAAGAAAUAUGUUAUUAAUCCUGUUCACCUGGAGAUUGGUAAACAAGAAGAGAAGUUGGGCUCCUUGGUGGCAACGCAAGAUCUUGUCAUCAGCUUGUUGCCUUAUGUAUUGCAUCCUCUUGUGGCUAAGGCAUGCAUCACAAACAAGGUUAACAUGAUCACUGCAAGCUACAUCACACCAGCGCUAAAAGAAUUGGAAAAGAGUGUAGAAGAUGCCGGCAUCACAGUCAUUGGAGAAUUGGGACUGGACCCUGGCCUUGAUCAUAUGUUGGCGAUGGACACAAUAAAUAAGGCCAAAGAAGUGGGAGCCAUGAUUGAAUCUUAUACUUCCUAUUGUGGUGGACUUCCAGCCCCUGAAUAUUCAGACAAUCCCUUGAGAUACAAAUUUAGCUGGAGUCCAUUGGGAGUUCUGAUGAACAUAAUGCAGCCUGCUACCUACCUGCUCAAUGGAAAGGUUGUGAAUGUUCCAGGGGGAGUCUCCUUUCUUGAUGCUGUUUCUUCCAUGGAUUAUUUCCCAGGAUUAAAUUUGGAAGGCUAUCCUAACAGAGACAGUACAAAAUACGCCAAGAUUUAUGGCAUUCCAUCUGCUCACACUUUGUUGCGGGGGACACUGAGAUUUAAGGGAUAUGCCAAAGCUUUAAACGGAUUUGUAAAAUUGGGUCUUAUAAACAGAGAUCCAUUUCCUGCCCUUCAACAUGAGGCUAACCCUCUCACCUGGAAAGAACUCCUUUGUGACCUAGUUGGGAUUUCACCCUCCUCCAAGUGCGAUGUGCUUAAGGAAGCUGUCUAUAAGAAACUAGGAGGAGACAGUACCCAGCUGGAGGCUGCUGAAUGGUUGGGAUUACUUGGGGAUGAACAAGUCCCUCGGGCAGAGUCCAUUGUGGAUGCACUUUCCAAGCAUUUGGCCAUGAAGCUCUCCUAUGGCCCUGGAGAGAGAGAUAUGAUUGUGAUGAGAGACAGCUUUGGAAUCAGACAUCCUUCUGGACAUUUAGAAAAUAAAACUGUUGAUCUCGUGGUUUAUGGGGAUGUCAAUGGCUUUUCGGCCAUGGCUAAAACCGUGGGUUUACCCACUGCCAUGGCAGCCAAGAUGUUGCUUGAUGGUGAAAUUCAAGCCAAAGGCAUGAUGGGGCCCUUUUCAAAGGAGAUCUAUGGACCAAUAUUGGAGCGAAUUAAAGCAGAAGGCAUUGUAUGUAACACACAGAGCAUAGUCAAACCAUGAUUGGAAAUUGCAUUUUAUUUAUCUCUCCAGGCAACAAAGCUCUGAACUUUGUGUGACAAACUUGUGUGCUGUUUAAAGUUUAAAACGUGAUAUAUUUUGAUUAAGUCAAGCAGUGGUAUUUUUGAGAUUUCUAUUUUGAUAUGAAAACAUUUGGAAUAAGAGAUGCUAGUCAUUACCAGGAACUUUAAUGGUUCUAACCUGUUUUUUUUCACGUGUACAUAAAACUGGUAAUGAUUGUGCUAUUUGUUAAUUUAUUGUGUCACUUUUUUCUUGUAAGAAAAUAUUUUCCUAUAAUCAGCAGAUGAAGUUUUACUUUUUUAUUUGUAAAAAAUUUCUUCUUGCAGCUGUAUUUUUGUACUUUACAAAUUGAACCCCUAAGAUACUCUUAGAUUCCCUAUCUACACACCUUUGCAGUCAUGUUAUUUCAUGGUUUUUUUGUAAAGAUAUGAUUUAUUUAGUAAAUGUCAUUCUUUGUGGUUUUCUCUUGAGUGCUUGGAAAACACAAGAUUAAAUUACAAAUCACAUGAUCAUCUCAAUACAUGCAGCAAAACCAUUGGACGGGAUUCAACAUCCCUACGUGAUAUGAGCACUAAACAAACUAGGAAUAGAAGGGAAUUUCCUCAGACUGAGAAAAGGCACCUACCAAAAAUGCACAGUUGGCAUUACGUUUAAUAGUGAAAGACUGAAUGCUUUCACCUAAGAUCAUGAACAAAACAAGCAUGCCCACUCUCACCACUUCUAUUCAACAUGUACUGGAAGUUCUAGCCAGGACAAUUAAGCAAGAAAAUGAAAUAAAAGACAUCCAGAUUGGAAGGAAAGAAGUAAAGUCAUCUCUCUUCACAGAUGACAUAAUCUUAAAUAUAGAAAAUCCUAAGGAACUCACUUAAAAAAACAUUAUAACAAAUGAGUUCAGCAAUGCAAUGAGUUCAAAACACAGGGCCAACAUAUAAGAAUCAAUUGUUUUUCUAUACAAUAGCAAUGAGUGAACUAAAGAUGAAAAAAAAAUUCCGUUUACAGUGGCAUAAAAAAGAAUAAAGUGAUAAAGUGAGAAUAGAAUUGAGAGUCCGGAAAUAAUCAUCACAUUUUUGAUCAAUCUAUUUUUUAAAAAAGGGUGCCAAAGCAAUUCAAUGGGAAAAAAUUUAGUCUUUCCAGUAAAUGGUGCUGGAACAACUUGAUAUUCACAUGCAAAGAAUGAAGUCAGACCCCUACUUCGCAACAUAUACAAAAAUUAGCUCAAAAUGGAUUACAGCCCUAAAUGUAAGAGCUAAAACUAUAAAACUCUCAGAAGAAAACGUAGGCCUAAAUCUUAGUGACCUUGAAUUAGGCAGUGAUUUCUUAGCUAUAACAUCAAAAGCACAAGCAACAAUAAUAGAAAACGUAAAUUGGACUUCAUAAAAACUAACUUUUGUGUUACAAAUGACACCAAGAAAGUGAAAAGACAACCCAAAGAAUGGGAGAAACUUUGCAAAGUAUGUAUCUGAUAGGGGACUUAUAGCUAGAAUAUAUAAAGAACCUUAUAACUCAGUAAAAUAUAUAAAUAACCCAAUUAAAAAAUUGACAAAUUAUCUGAAUAGACAUUUCUUCACAGAAGAUAUACAAAUGGCCAAAAAGCACAUGAAAAGAUGCUUGGCAUCAUUAGUCAUCUGGGAAAUGCAAAUCCAAAUCAUGAGAUACCACAUGGUUGAGGAUGGUUAUACUCAAAAAAGACAGUAAUUGGUGUUUGGGUGAAAUGUGGAGAAAUCUGAACACUCAUACACUACCCAUGAGAAUGUAAGAUGAUGCAGCCACUUUGGAAUAGUCUGGAUGUUCCUCAAAGAGUUAAACAUAGGGUUACCAUUUGAUCCAGCCAUUCUACUCCUAGCUAUGUAUCUAAGAGUAGCAAAAGCAUGUGUCCAUGCAAACCUGUAGACAGGUUUUUGCAUUCAUGGCAGCAUUAUUCAUAAUAGCCAAAGAGUUGGGGAAAAAAAUGGAUUAACAAAAUGUGUAUCUGUACAAUGGACUAUUAACUUGGCCAUAAAAAGAAGCCCUGAUACACGCUACAAUAUGGAUGAACCUUAAAUAUUAUGCUGAAUGAAAGAAGUCAGUCACAAAAGACCAUAUAUUGUAUGAUUUUAUUUAUAUGACAUGCCCAAAAUAGGCAAAUCUGUAGAGACAUGAUGUAGAUUUGUAGUUGCUUAGGGCUGGGAAUGUUGUGGUUAAAUGGGAGGUGACUGCUAAUGAGCAUGGGGUUUCUUUUUGGGGUUGAAAGUGUUCUAGAGUUGACUGUGGUAAUGGUGGCACAACUCUGAAUCUAAUAAAAACCAUUGAAUUGAUACACUUAAAAUGUGUGAAUUAUAUCUCAAUAAAUUAUUAUUUAUUAA